AUGUCGGCCAUCGACCUCUCGCCCGAGCCCGACCUGCACCCGCUCUACCCCACGCCCGCGCACGUCUCCGCCCUGCUCGAGCCCUCGUCUGGCCUUUCGCCGCCUCAACGAUCUGAGCUCGUCUCCCACGCCCUAUCGCGGGCUACGGCCUUUGGCGACCUUUCACUACUUACAUUCUUGCUCGGGGACCGGUCUGCGUCGCAACUGGUGGACCUGCAGUCGACAGACGAAGAUGGACUGAGCGCGCUGAGUGCGACGAUCACGGGAUUCGGGGCGGAGAGCGAGCGGGACGUGGAGAGGGAGGAGUGCGUGCGGCUGCUGGUCGCCGAGGGCGCGGACGUGGGUGCCGAGGACGGGUGUGGGUGGACUGCGCUGCACCACGCUGCGCUGCGAGCGCCGCCGACCGUCGUCGCGUUCCUGCUCACGCACGGGGCCAGUCUGUUCGCGACGACCAGGCGCGGGCUCACUCCGCUCGACAUCGUCGCCGCACACACCACCGUGCCUGGAAGGGAAGACGUCGCGCUCUUGCUCGCAGAGGCAAUGCGCUCCCAGGGCUGGCAGGGCGGCAGAAUGGACGCAAGGCGCAAGGCAGUCGAGGCACGCAUGGCAAAGCGCGCCAGGAGACGGAGGGUCCAAGACGACGUCGGGCGUGCACUCGCCAUCAGCCCGCGCUGGUGGGGCGACGCUGAGGUCUGGGACGACGACGAGAGCUCGGAUGGGAGCGACGACGAAGGCGAGGACCCCGACGAGCGCGUUUAUACCCCGCCGCCAGACUAUGGCACCAUGCUCGUCUUCGCUCCCCCUUCGCUUCCCUACAUCUUUCACUCCCUCAUCACUGACUUUGCGCCCGCCUUGAGGAACGCCGAGCCCGCCAAUGCUCUGUACAUGCUCGCCCGAUUCGCGUGCCUCGCUUGCGACAACACCUGGCUCGAGGAUCUCAUCAUCGGCGCCACCGACGCGAUCGAGGAUGCCUUCUUUAACCGCUCAGAGGACCUGGAAUGCCUCGUCUUUUGGCUCUACAACACCACGGCCUGGCUGCACCUCAUGCGUUGCGACAACGCGAUCAGCGAGACGUGCGAAGUCCUCGGCUCCUUUGUGCUUAUAGAAGAAGUCAUAAACUCUGUCUUCGUCUUCAUCAUCCGGUACGUCGAGCGGCGCAUCGAUGGCCUUCUGGACAGCGCCCUUCUCGACCACGCCGCCUUGCCGACCGAAUUCGACAAUGUCCAAUUCGAAGACGAAUGGUCUCUCUUCCGCUCCUUCAAGAAGAAGUCCGCCACGCCUUCUCAGCCGCACACGCCGACGCGCCCUACCACGCCACCGCCGCAGCCCGUAUCCCCACGCAACAACUUCGCGUCCCUCCGCAACACCUUCUCGCGUACCCGGGCCGGCUCCGCAGCGCCUACAACGCCACUCCAAUCCCUCUUCGCAGCGGAGCAGUCGCAGCAGCAGAACCAACCGUCGCCGCCCGCCGGGCCGCGACCGGCAGACAUCACCGACUUCUUUGAUGCGUUGCAGACGCUGCUCACGUUGAGCGGGAUCAACCCCGCCCUCAUCACUCAGAUGUGGUCACAAGUGAUAUACUGGAUCGCGUGCGAGCUCUUCAAUCGCAUACUCUCGCGCAAGAAGUAUCUCUGCCGAUCCCGUGCCGUUCAGAUCGGCAUGAACCUGGGCGCUCUAGAGGAAUGGGCCGCGCGGGCGAACCUUCCGCGCGGGGUUGUGCAACACUUGGCGCCCGUGCGCGACCUGCUCAACUGGCUGCAGUGUUUGAGCAGCAUAUCGGAGUUUACGGCGUUGAUCACGACGGUCCAGACCAUGCGGCAUCUGAACCCGUUACAGAUGCGGAGAGCGGUGAGGGAUUAUAGGUACGAGGUGAACGAGGGCCGGAUGGACGACGAGUGUGCGCAGUAUCUGGCGCAGCUGCAGAAGGACUGGGAGAGGCAUCGAGUGAAGAUGGGUGUUGAGGCUCUACGCAAGGAGAUGAGCGAACGCGAACGCGAAGACUCGGACUCGGUCUCCCUCCUCGGAGACAGUGGCUCUGCACCUAAGCUAGCCUCAAGUGCAUCAUCUCUCUCCAUCUCUACUACAGAUCUGACACCGCACAACUCCAUCGAUCUGCUCUUCGCGCACGACAGCGCCGCCGCGGACGGCUGGACACCGACGCGCCCGCCCGAGAUCCUCGGCGAGCUGCUGGACAGCCGGCACAUGCUUCCACUAUUGCUUCCCAGCGAUCCGCGCCUGCUCGCUGCAGCGCCGAAGCGACCGGCGAUAUGGACGGCCAAAGGCUCAGAUCGGCAGCAUGAAGCGGAUUCGCGCGCGAGCAGUCGAGCGAGCAGACGCGCGGCCGGUGUCAUACCCUGGCGCUCUGCACCCAAAGCCGUGCGUGAUGUCGGAGCGGAUGUAUUGACAUACGUCGACGGAGGGCGAUGGGCGCGCUACGGCCCUACGUAUGGUUAUGCCGAAGCGGAUGGGGAGAUGGAGAUGGAGGGUGACGAGAGCUUUGACGAGGCGCACGCACUGGGGCAUGAUGCCGAUAUCACGCUCACUGCUGAGGAUGGAGGAUUGGUGCCGGAGUAUGUCGCGGGACUGACGGCGAAGCCGCAUCGCGCGCGGUCGGCUGCUGCAUCGCCAGCCGUUGGCGCUGUUGAUCUGCCCAGUUGA